AUGAUUACUGAAUUUUCUAAACAUAUAAACUAUUUGGUAUAAAAAAAUUAAUUUAAAAUGAUCAUUUUAAUAUUUCUUACUUGUAUCCAAUUAAGUGUUAACCAAAAAAUCGAAUAGAAUUAUCUCAGAGUAUUUGGAAUUUAAGUUUUCUAAAUAAGGAAUAUAACAAAAAAUGGUUUUCCUUAAAAAUCAAAAAUUACUAUUGGUCUUUCACAUUUAGAUGGAGAAAAACCAAUACUUUUAUUAUGUUCUAAUAAACCAAAUGCUAAUAUUUCAAUGAAUUAUGAUUCAAUUAUAAAGUAAAACAUAUUAUAAUAUGUAGAGAAUAAUGUUGGUAUGAUGUAAAUGCAUAUGAAGAUAAGAAUAAAAAAUAGAUGUUUUCUCUUUAAGAUAAGUUAAUUGUUGGUCGAUAUCAUCAUAUUUUCAAUAUUUAUGAAUUUUAGGAUACUGGAUUAUUUAUUGGAGCAAUCUCAAAAUCACAAUCAUCUUAUAGCAUUUAAGCAGAGAUAUAGUCAAUAUACAGUUGUUCAAAGUAAAGAAAUUAAAUAAAAUUAGAGAAUGUCAUAAUGGAGGUAGUUGUUUUUAUGGAGUUUGUGAAUGUUUGUAAGGAUCAUUUGGAGAUGAUUGUAGUAUAUAAGGAUUGAAUAUUUUGGAAUAGAAAACACUUUCUUCAAAAUAUUUAUAUUAUUUGAACAUCAAAUAAUUAACUAGAACUACAUUUUUAUUAUUAUUAUCAAAUUCCAUUCCUCUUAGAAAAUAAUGUUAUGCUGAGAAACCUUAUGUUAAUCAUGGAUCUUAAGUUUUAACCAAUAUGAUAUAAUUAGAUCAUGAUCAAAUAAAGAAUUGUUAAAAUAUCACAUAUUAAGUUUAGGAUGAGUUGAAAGUAUAAUAGAUUCCUUAUUAUUUAUUUAAAAUUAUAGAUGUAAAUAAUGUAGAGAUAUUUGAUAACAAUAUUUAAGAAGAAGGUAUAUCAAGUAUAAUGUUGUUAUUAAUCAUUAUUUUAUCAAUAAUAUUAUUCUUAAUUAUUGCUUGUUGUUGUUCAAAGGUAUUUAAAAAUAAAAUAGAUUUAUCAAGAUAACAAUUAUAAACAGAACCCAUUCCAACUUAUGUUGAUUUAUAUAUGCCAACAUACAAAUUUUAAGAAAUCAAAGACUCUGAUAUUCCUUAUAUUCAUACAGAUGGUUAGUAUUGUUCCAUUUGUUUAGAAAGAUUCACUUUAUUAAAUAAUGUUAAAAUUACAUAUUGUAAACAUCUUUAUCAUUCUAAAUGCUUAAGACUUUGGAUUGAAAAAAUUAAGGUAAAUAAUAUUAUUAAAUUAGAUAUGUCCUCUUUGUAGAGCACCAUUAGAUGAAUAAACAAUCAUUUCAAUGAUACCUCCAAAAUCUUUGACUCUUAUAGAUUAAAUAAUAAAUAAAAGCACUAACAAAUUCAAAUCAUCUUAAGGAUCCCUUAAUUCUUUAAAUAAUCAAAAUGCAAAUAAAUUUUAAAAUUUGAAUUAUCAACGCAGUUUAGCUUACAUCGAUUAAUGA